CAACAAGUAGAACACCGAACAUCAAUAACUCCGUACGACGAUAAAGCACUUCCUCCUCCCUUGUCAUCCCUCAACUAGCAAUCUAUCAUUUCCGAAGAAUCCCGUACUGUUCUCUAUCUCUUUCGGUCACCGCUAUUUCCACAGAGCACCUCAGCCCUCGCCCAAGUCGUCCAAGCCAACUCCCUCUCUUUUCUACCAUAUUUACCUGCGCCUAUCCUAUGAACCCAUCUCAAGACUACAUUGACCACAACAUCUUCCACACUAUCCAUUGAUACCCACAGUCUUGUGUCUCAACUGACGCCCAAAUCAUACUUCACAUCAUGGCAGCUCCUCGCGCGUCCUCUCUCAAGGCUCUACGCAACCUCCAACGGUCAACCGGAGCAACCCCCGCCAAACGAGGCCUUCAUAUCACCGGCGUCCAUGCCUCACCUCGCCUCGUCGAUCCUACUCACAAGACUACCUAUAUGCCAUGGAACUUGCAAGAUCUCCGUCAAGAGUGCCAGAAGCGUACUCUCUCGGCGUCGGGAACGAAACAUGAGCUCAUUGAUCGCCUUGCUGGCCAUGACAGCUUGCAGGCAAGAGCUUUCUCCAUUGCCAUCAAGCGCAUUGCCAUUGAACAGACCAAGAAGCCUGUCUCAGGCCCAUCCGGGACCACGCCUCAGCGACACUUCAACACCUCACAUGAGUUGAAGGCUGUUCACGACUCUUCCACCAUCGACUUCGCAUACCUCCCGAGACUGUUCGAGGAUUCCUAUGGUCCUAAACUGCCAGAAUUCCGAGUUCCAAUCCUCCCCCACGUCUCUUCGGGACAAGCCGAAGCAGUGUUGGAGAAAUACCCGGAGCUCGACUCGGCUGCUGGUGGAUAUCAAAGCACUCAAGGCCAUGAGACAAUCAUGAAACCAGAAGUUUCGGCUGUUGGUGAUGUGUCGAGCCCCGCAAGCGCAAUGAGCGACUUGCAUGAUGGUCACCAUGACACAGAAAUGUCGGUUGAGAUGCUUACUUCCUUGACCGAGACGGUGGGCAAGAACGCAAAGCAAUUCGUGGACAUGGUCAAGGACAAGGAUGAGCAAACCAUUCGCAAGAUCUGGUCCGGCUUUCUUGACGACUUGUUCGGCAGCUCACAGAAAGGAGCCAAGGCAUGAGCUUGAGCUGUCUCGUUAUUAGUACUUUCCCUAUACUGGUGGGUUUACACCUUAAUGAUAGCGUAUAAGCAAAUGCAGGUACUGCCGUGAAGAGGUCCCUGGCAAAUGUCAUGAUUUUGCGCUGUUCAUUCGGCAUCCCAGAGGUCGGAAUGUCUUAGACAUCAGCUUUGUGUAGGAUUUCAGCCUUCUCGGU